AUGUCUGUUACUAAACUUGGCUGGUCUGCCGUCGACAUCACCGAUGCUGCAAAGGUGAUUCACGCUCUGUUGAGGAAUCUAGAAUGGCACAAAGAUGCCAAAAGGAAGCACAGACAAGAUUUCGAGUAUUUGCAGCACUGCCUGCUACCAAAGCUUCGUCUGAUUGGAGGAUAUGUCAAAGACAUUGAUGAUAGCGAGGACCAUCCACGCAAAGCAGAGUGGAACGCUAAUCUGAGAACUUUGAAACGCACCUGGCAGAAGUUCAAAGACUAUCUCAGCAGCCGAAACAGCCUCUUGCCCGAGAGCCUGAACCGCGAUGGCGCAGCUGGCGGUUUGCCUUGGUCUUGGGAUGAGCUCUCGGCUCAGAUCGAAGAAGCUAGGCGGGAAGUCAAGGAUACUCUGGACGACAUGGACAGACUCAUUCUACUCGAGAUAUGGUGUGUUAUCUGCCGCGGGAGUCCAGGGAAGUUUGCUGACAAUGGCAUCUUUAGCGAGAGGUUUGGCCUCGUCCUGCCGAGAUUGGACUCUAUGUUCGAGAAGAUCGAAGAUUAUGGUGAAUGCGUGUCGACAUACCGCAAAGACGUCCAGGAAAUCCUCUGCUCCAUCCGAUCAAAUAAGCAAGAUUUCAAGUCUCUCAAGAACCUGUUUCAAGGGAGCAUGGCCGAUCUCGCCCAGAAGAUCAGCAACAGCCAAAGUGAAACCGAAGCCAUCAAAUCGCAGCUGCAAGCCAUGUCGGAAAAGCUGGAGCGCCUGCUCGCCCAGCUAGCAGAACAGCGCGGGAACUGCACGACCAAGACCGAAAAGAGGUAUCUAGACCAGCUACGGAAGGAAGUCCGAAAGCAAGCCGGCUCCGUAGCGCGUCUGAGAGUGUCAGUCGACGAGACCAUGGGCAUUAUGGCCGAGUUCUUGCACGCCUUGGAGAAGCUGAAUUUCAGAAAGGGGAUCUCGCAUCGCGCCUCGGGGGCAUUCACUGAUAUGAACGACAUGCUGAGCAAGACGACAUCGUCGCUUGAAAGGCUCUACGAAAGCUUGAGGCGACAGACCUCCCACGUCUCGUUCAAGAAGACGACGUUCUGGAGAAGGGCGAAGUCGACAGACGUGGCUCCCUCAGCUCACGACAACAACGAGUCCCGACAUGAACCAUUGGGUUUUCAGCAUAUACCCACGAGCGCGAUGAGUGGCGAGGACAACAAGUCUGCAACCUUGGGCACGGGUGCUGAGAACCAGCCCGCAGCUUCGAACGAAUCCGCAGAUACAGCGUUGUCAGAGACCACCACCUCUACGUCUGCCUCCACGAUCAUGGCUCUCCCAGCUCCUCCCUCCUCCUCCGGCCUGAAAUCUUCAAGAAUCUCCAUCCAAGACCUGACCAUCCUGCUCGCCUCUGCUCCUGAAUCAAUGUCGGCAAAUCCGGCGGCCUUCUCGAGCUCUUCUCCUCCUCCUCUUCCCCGUAAAUCUUCAGCCCGGAGGUCCUACCAGUACGUGCUCCGCACGCUGUCCCCGGGCGGCCAAACGCGACCUCCUCCCGUGCCUGCCAUUCCAGCGUACACGGCUACUCCACCCCCAGCGCCGGCACAAUCAUCGGCAUCGUCAUCGUCAUCAUUGUCAGAGGCAGAUUUCCCGUCUCCUCUAUUCUCGGCGCUGCCAUCACGCCCUUCGUCCAUCGACGCCGGUUCGAUCCUGGACAUCGCGGCUUCGCCCGCUCCUGGCAGCACUAGCACUGCGACCGCCAUGACUGCUGCGGGGAGUGAAUCCGCCAAGGCGCCAUCCCUGCUCGCCCAACUCGAGCGGCAGUACAGCAUGACAGUCGUGACAGCGUGCACUUAG